UGAUUGGUCAAGAGACUGGACACGGGCCGUUUCUGGUAGAGGAAAUAGAAUCAGAAAAGCCUAUGACGCUAUAUCCUUUGCCAACGGGUCACAAGAAGAAAGCGAAGCCGGUGUUCUCAUCACUCUGAGUGCUUUCAGGACAACAUGAGCUCGAAGCCUGAGGACGUGUUCUCCCUAACCAAAGAGGACGAAGCAAGCGGGGUGACUGGCAGGAUGUACAUUCCAAAGAUCAUCUCCCAGGGCCCAGCCAAGGAGUGGAUCGAGAGGCGCAGGCUCACCAUCCGACCCUGGGCCUCCUUCAUUGACCAGAAGCGAUUCUCGCGGCCAAAGAACUUUGGCGAGCUGUGCAAGCGCGUGGUGAAGAACGUGGAGCACUUCCAGAGCAACUAUGUGUUUGUGUUCCUGGGCCUCAUCGUGUACUGUGUGAUCACCUCUCCAAUGCUGCUCAUCGCCCUGGUGGUGUUUUUCGGAGCUUGUUAUAUCGUUCACCUGCGAGCUUCCCAGUCCCGCCUUGUCCUGUUCGGUCGAGAGUUGAGCCCUGCUCAUCAGUACGGUCUGUCUGGAGCAAUCUCCUUCCCCUUCUUCUGGUUGGCUGGUGCUGGAUCAGCUGUGUUCUGGGUCCUGGGUGCCACCCUGGUGUUCAUUGGCGGUCAUGCUGGUUUCCACGAGUUGGAGUCGGGAGACGUUGAUGAGCUUCAGAUGGAGUCAGUAUAAGCAGGGGCAGCUGGCUCAGACAUUGGGAGAAUGGUCAUAGCUGCAGCACUUUAUACAGAGGGAGAGGUUGGGCAGUCUAUCGAGAAUUCACCAAGGCUGCUCACUUUGUCACUUCGGAGUUUUUCCAAUGGGCAGUCUGUGUGUUUCAGUCUGAACUUGAAGAGCCCAGGAGGUGCUCACCUCACUGUAACCUUUCAGCGAGUCAAACUCAUAAUAAUGUCCUCUCCUGGAAUGUUAUAUACACGCUUAGAUUAUCAAGCUGCUUUUGACUUUUCAUUAUUUACUGAUUCGUGUUGUGAGUGAUAUUUGUAGGUGCCGGGACUUCUGUAUGUAAACGGGCUAUGGGUGGUAAGUGUGACUGCUGGCUUGGCUCCCGCGGUUGUCAGUGGAUAUUAUUUUCUGAAGUGACCCUUUGCCUGUUCUGUGUAUUUUUAAAGACCUGACAGAUAAAGAGGCCAAUCCCAGCACCCUCAGCCUGUCUCACUGCUGAGCCUUGUCCCUACUCACUGCCUGUUGUGUUUGUCACCUUCCCUGUUGCACGGCCUGUUGCCUUGCCUUCUCCGAUCCUCACGUUCUGCAUCCCACUCCUCCCGGUCACAUUCCGCUCUCUCUCAUACUCCUCUUUCUCCCAGCCUCAAAAGGAAAAAGAAAUGCGGAGAAGUGGACAAGGAGUCACUCCAGAAACUAAUAUCAACUGACAUUUCCACCGAUAGACCAGAGCCAAUAGUUUCAAUGUUACAAUCCACAGCCUGUAUACCACUCCACCUUGGUCUUUUAUCAGUGUAGAAUCUUACAGAACAGCAAACAUGCAUUGGGCCUCUGACCUACUUAUACUAGUCCCACUUUGCCACACUAUGCCUUCAAUGUUAUGACAUUUCAAGUGGUUGUCCAAGUGCUUUUUAAAGGUUGGGAGGUUUCCUGUCCCGACUGUCCUCCCAGGUAGUGUAUUCUGACCCAUGCCAUUCUCUGCAUGAAACAAUCCUCAAAUCACCCUCUAAAUCUCCUGCCUUUUACUUUAAAAUAAUUGAACCUUCAACUCAGGGCAUCAGCUGCUCCCGAACUCUCUUUCUCUCCUCCUGCUCCUCCUCCUCCUCCUCCUCCUCCUCCUCCUCCUCCUCUCUCCCCCCUCCCCCCCCCAUGCCUCUCAUAAUCCUACACACUUCUAUCAGGUCACUCCUCAACCUUCUCUGCUCCAAAGAAAACAACCUCCAGCCUCUCUUCAUCACUGAAAUUCUCGGUCCCCGGCAACACUCUGGUGAAUCUCCUCUGCCACCCCUCCAGUGCAAUCACAUCCUUAUUAUAGUGUGGAGACUGGAACCGCGCAUAGUUCUCCAGCUGUGGCCUCAUCAAAAUCAUAGAUUCAAACAGCAUGGAAACAGACCCUUUGAUCAGUCCAUGCUAAUGAUAAUCCAAAAUGAAACUAGCCCCAACUGCCUGUGCCUGGCCCAUAUCCCUCCAAACGUUUCCUAUACUUGUACUUAUCCACAUGUCUUUUUAACAUUGUAACCAUACCUGCAUCCACCACUUCCUCUGGAAGUUUAUUCCACACAUGAUAAAAGUGUGUUUUGUUUUAAAACAAAACUCCUCUUGUGUCUUUUUAAAAUGUUUCCCCCUACUUUUCGACUCCCCUACCUGCGGGGGAAAAAAGACCUUGGCUGUUCCCCCUAUCCAUCCUCUUGUGAUUUUAUAAAUCUCUAACGUCACUCCCUGGCUUCCUAUGCUCCAGAGAAAAUAGCCCAACCAAUCCAGCUUCUCUUUAUAACCCAAAUCCUCCAUUCCCAGCAACACCCUGGUAAAUCUCCUCUGGACCGUCUCCAUCUCAAUAAUCACUUCAUAUAACAGGGCAACCAGAACUGGGCACAAGUCCCGUACAGCUCCACCAUAAGCUCCCCCCUCUUAUAAGCUGUGCCUCAUAACACGUGAGUCCUGUAUUACUUGGUAUAACUACUGUCAAUGUUAAGAGUCUCCCAUGUCAGGAGGAAGGGUCAGAGGGGAAACUAGGUCAAUGCUCCACCAAACACCUGGGAAGGAGCAGGGAGCAAGUCUAAUAGACAGAGUCAGGAGUUGGGCUCUUAAGUUGCCCAGCAGGUUCCCAAGAGUGACAGUCUCUGACUCAGCUUGAACCAUCUGCAGAUUAAUGUCAGAGCAGGUUGAAGAAUGAUGGAACUUAAUGUUCGUUUUCUGAAAACAUAUUGCUUUAAGGCAAAAAAUCUCUCAAUAGGAAGACAGAGCUGUGGAUAAGUAGGGAAGGUAAGACCACAUUAGGUGAAAGGAGGAGGCUUAUGAAGUUGCCAAAUAGGUUGCAAGCAAUCUCACUGCAUCUUGCAAAAUUCUUAAAGGCAGAACAGACACUGAAAGGAUGUCUCCCCCAACUGUUGGGACAACCCUGGAGUAAAAGGCUCCUCAUUUAGGGCUGAGAUGAGGAGGGAAUAUGUUCUCUUGGAGGGUAGAGAAUCUUAGGAAUUCUUGACCCCAGAGGGCAGGCUCAGCUGUAAACCAGAGAUUGAGAUUGUUAAUAACGAAGAGGGAGCAGCCUGAGAAUGUGACAUUCUGGUACAUCCUUGAUGAUCUAGAAUGAUACAAAGGCUGAACAGCCUCCAUUUAUGUCUAAUUCCUACCUCUAGAUGCUUAUUUCCAGUUUUUUGUUUUAUUACAUGCAGGUGUAAUGACUGUUUUCAACAGGACUUUCCCUCCGUUUUUAGUUAGCUACUCUCCGAAGACUUCUGUGCCACAAAUCUAUUUAUUAUCUGGCCCUCCACAUCUGCCCUGGCUGUAACUCUUUCUACUUCCUCUCAUCCUGUCCUGUUACCAUUUUGGAAGUUUGCAUUUCUUGUCAUUUUAUAUCUGUCACCUCCUGAUAUCCCAUGUCCCAUCGUACCGUCCCACGGUUCUCACUCCACGAAACGGAACGCCCCUCCUUCAUAACUCAAACCUUCCAGUCCAGUUAGCAUGCCAGUAAAUCUUUUCUGCAUUCUUUCUAGUUUAAUAAUAUCCUUUCUAUAGUAGGGGGACCCAGAAUGGUGCGCAGUACUCCAAAUGUGGCCUCACCAAUGUCUUGUACAGCUGUGAUAAGAUUUCCCAACUCCUGUACUCAGUACUCUGAUUUUAAAAUCAAACAUGCCAAAAGCCACCUUCACCACCCUGUCUACCUGUGAUUCCACUUCCAGGGAGCUGUGAAUCUGUAUCCCGAGCUCUCGUUGUUCUGUAACAAUCCACACAGUUCUGCCAUUGUCCGUAAGCCCUCCCUGGUGUGACCUGCCAAAAUGCAAUGUACCACAUCUGUCUAAAUUAAGUGCCAUGUGCCAUUUGUCAGCCCACUGGCCCAGUCAAUCAAGAUCUUGCUGGAUUGUCAUUCUUCAGAUUUUAAAAUCCUAGUUUCAAUUUGAACUACAUCUUCUUUCAAACUUAAUAGAAAAUUUCAUCAUAUUAUGGUCACUGUUCACUAAAGAUUGUUUUGCAACCUUAACUGCAUUGUGGAUGGUCUCGUGUACAGUGGUAGUAUCCCUAACUCCUGAGCCAAGAGUCCCGGGUUCAAGUUCCACCUGCCCCCGAGGAGUACAUGUUAACAUCUCUGACCAGGUUAGAAAAAUAUCUAGUUAUAAAAUAGGGAUGACUGAGCCGUGGCUACAGGUGAAAUCAGGAGAUGGAAUUAAACAUUGAAGGUCCUAAUAGAGUUUGAAAAGAAGAGGUGAAUGGGGAGCUGUCCUUAGUCAAGAUGGCAGUAGAUUAAAAUAGAAUAAAAGAAAUAAAAAGACUCAAAUAGAUGGUAACAAGAAAAGAGAGGAAAGGGUUAACUACACUGUUGGUGUUGUCUACAGAGCACCUGAAAUUGUCAGAGAAGGAAAGCAAGUAUGCUAUCAAAUUACACAAUUGAAUUCUUAAAAAUAAGGGGAAAUGCCUGUUUACAUUAGUGCAGUAUGAUAUACAUCACCCUGGCCGUGACUGGACACAAGGGGCCUGUAAAGGAGAACCUGGAACAGAGUUUUCUCAAUCUGUGCAGUGCUCCUGUCUAAUCCAAGAUGAAUAGAAGACAGAACAUUUGCAGUUAGAUCUAAUGAUUGAGAAUGAAUCAGAACAGAGAAGUAGAGCAUCUAGGCAGUAGCAACUUUACCAUAAUGAUUAAUUGCAUCAUCCAAACAUUGUUGCCAAUGUUAACAGAUUGGCGACUUGCCAGUGAGGGAGGGGUGAUGAUUGUCGAUUCUUUUUUUGGAUGAGUGAAGAUUGGAGAAGGCUUGGGUGGAACGUGUAUAUCAAAUAGACUGAUAGCUGGGUCAACUAGCCUGUCUGUGAUGCAUUGUAUACACUCAGAUUUGGGAGGGAUAUCAGGAAUGAUAUGGUGGAAAUAGCUAAGGAACGAGGGCAGCACGGUGGCUAUGAUUUAUUUUUCCUUUUUUAUUCAUUAACAGGAUGAGGGUAUCUCUGGCCAGGCAGCAUUUAUUGCCCAUCCCUACUUACCAAGAGGGCAGUUCAGAGUCACCCACAUUGCUGUCACACGUAGGCCAGACCAAGUCGGGAUGACAGUUUCCUUUCCUAAACGACGCUAUUGAACCAGAUGGUCUUUUGCUGCUAGUUGACACUGGAUUCAUGAUUGUCGUUAGACUCUUAAUUCAAGGUUUUUUAAAUUCAAAUUCCACCACAUACCACGGCGGGAUUUGAACCCAGGUGCCCAGAAUAUCAUCAAGGUCUCUGGGUUAACAGUCCAGUGCCAAUACCAUUGCCUCCCCAUUGCUGUCUGACCAUGCCAGGGACCUGGCUUCGAUUCCACCCUCAGGCAACUGUCUGUGUGGAGUUUGCAUGUUCUUGCCUUGUCUGCGUGGGUUUCUUCUGGGUGCUCCGAUUUCCUCCCACGCUCUGAAGAUGAAAAGGUUAGACUAAAUUGGGCAAUGCAGGGUUAUGGGAUAGGGUGAGAUUCUCUUUGGGGGGUCAGUGUGGACUCAAUGGGCUGAAUGGCCUGUUUCUGCACUGUAGGGAUUGUAUGAUUGUAGAAAUGUGUAGGGUAUGUUCGCUAGUGCCCAGCAUCAGGAAGCCACUCUCAUUUGCCCUGCUGAAGUUACAGGUCACACAGUUCCUGCUCCUUUCUCCCCCAACCCGUGGUGGGUGAUUUGGGGCACCUCGUACCUGUUCUCUUUCUCUGCAGGCCAGGUAUCCGAUGAUGUUUGGUCUCCGUCAUUCUGGUCAAGGUCCAUGAAUGUCAGCCUGGUAGACCCUUCUCUUUCCCCCCCACCCCCUGAUGUUGGUCUUUCUUAAUCCAUAGAUGUCAGUUAAUGAAACAUAAGAUGUGGAAGAGGAAGUAGGCCAUUCAGCCCAUUGAGCUCCAACAACCAAUGUAUCACGGCAGAUCUGAUUAUCUGUGACUCUGCUUUUCUGCCUGUUUCCCCCCUAAUCCUUGAUUCCCUUACUGAUUAGAAGUCUGUCUCAGCUUUCAAUAUACCCCAUGACCAAGCGCCAUAGCCCUCUGAGUGAAGAAGUUCCUCCUUCCCUUUGUCUUGAAUGAGUGACCCCUUAUUCUGAGUUGAUGUCCUCUGGCCUGAGACUCUUGCAGAAGGGAAAACUGCACCCACCCUGUCACUCCUCUAAGAAUUUUGCUCAGUAAGGUUACUUGGAAAAUUGUGUUCAGUACUGGCUGCCUCAUUAUAGGAAAGAUGUGGAAGCUUUAGGGUGUAGAGGAGAUUUACCAGGAUGCUGCCUGGACUGGAGGGCAGGUCUUUAGAGGAAAGGUUGAGGGAGCUAGGGCUUUUCUCAUUGGAGCAAAGAAGGUUGAGAGGCGACUUGAUGGAGGUUUCCAAGAUGAUGAGAGGUGUAGAUGGAAUGGAUAGCCAAAGACUUUUUUCCCCAGGUCAGAAAUGGCUUUUACAAGGGGGCAUAAUUUUAAGGUGAUUGGAGGAAGGUAUAGGGGAGAUGUCAGAGGUAGGUUCUUCACACAGAGAAUGGUGGGCGUGUGGAAUGCGCUGCCAGUGGUGGCAGUGGAGUCAGAUACUUUAGAGACUUCCAAGUGACUCUUGGAUAGGCACCUGGAGGAUAGUAAAAUGCAGGGUAGAUUGAUCUUCGCAGGAUAAUAGGUCAGCACAGCAUCGUGGGCCAAAGGGCUGUUCUGUGAAAGGUUGCUUCUCGUUCUCCUAAGCUCAUGAUGAGUAGAGGCCCAAUCUAUCUCACCUGGCCCCAUCAGACAGUCCCGCCUUACUGGUAUCAGCUUUCUGACAUUCCCAAGAGUCUGUAAGUGUCCUUUUUAAUGUAAAAAAGAAAAUCUUUAUUGAACAAGAAAGAAAACCCUAUAUUAACACUAGACAGACAGGUAGGGCAGAUUUUAACACAAACACCAGCAAAAGGAUUCAAACACUCAGUCUUCCUAGUGACCGCCUCAGAAGCACCUAAACCACAGUGUGGAGUCAUCAUUGUCUCCACAUCUAGGCAUCUUGCUCCAACAUUUCGCUGCAUCCAUUUGAUGGAUUUCUUCAGAUGGUACCUCUCGCUGAAAUAUCUAAAACUGCAAAUUAAACUCUCUGCUCCAUACACGUGAAAUGCUCUGAAAAUGAAAUCCCACUAUUCGUCUCGCACUGUUAUUGUCAGUGGCCAAUUACUUUUGUACUGUGGUCAAAAUAAAUGUCUCAAGGCUUCUUAAACAAA